CACCCUUUUGUAGGCAUUUGUCUCUUCGCUGGUGGGGGACAGAGUGCCACCAACCCAGCUAACCAAAACCAAAAAGCCAGAGAGAGAGAGAGAGAGAGAGAAAGAGAGAAAGAGAGAGAGAGAGAGAGAGAGAGAUAUCAUUGCUCACUGUGUUUAUGCGCAAGGCACGGAGAUCUAACUAACAUGGGCUGAGUGAAACACAAAAACAUCAACAACAAAAAUAAUGAAAAUUAUAAAUACUAAGAAAAUAAAAGGAGCUCAACUUGUUUAUCGCCGCCACUCAAUAUUUUGAUUUUUACUUUCAUUUUUGGUAGUUUGUACUCAUUCCAGAAUAUCAAAUAUUUGUUCAUUCAAUUUUGGAAUUUGAGAAAGAAAAUCCGAGUUCAACCGAUUAGAAAGGUGAUGACUUGGUUGACUUUGUAGUCAAAAGCAUAUUCAUGAAGGAUUAAUUAAGUUCCUACAACAUCACAACACUAAAGUGGUGGUGUGAGUGUCCUUUGUUGGAGGGAUGGCGACUUUGUCUCAUGCAGAUUCUAGGAGAAUGUAUUCUUGGUGGUGGGAUAGCCAUAUAAGCCCUAAGAACUCAAAAUGGCUCCAAGAAAAUCUUACAGAUAUGGAUGUCAAGGUGAAGCAAAUGAUAAAGCUCAUUGAAGAAGAUGCAGAUUCCUUUGCCAGGAGAGCAGAAAUGUAUUAUAAAAAACGGCCAGAGCUUAUGAAAAUGGUCGAAGAGUUUUAUAGGGCAUACCGGGCAUUGGCUGAAAGAUAUGAUCAUGCAACUGGAGUGAUCCGCCAUGCUCAUAGGACCAUGACCGAAGCAUUUCCUAAUCAAGUUCCGAUGAUGCUCACAGAUGAUUUACCUUCCACGGAGACCGAGCCACGUACUCCAGAUACGCGCCACCCUUCACGUACAUUUCGUAACUCAGAUGAAUCAGAAAAGGACAUUAAUGCUUUCAAAAGAAAUGGAGCUGAAAGUGAAGAACAUAAUUCUGCUUUGAACAAGACAGGGUUGAAACAGCUCAAUGAUCUCUUCAUCCCUCAAGAACAUGCAAAGUUUGCGGAAGGGCAUGCUAGAAGGGCGCUCAAUUUUUUAGAGACGAAAGAGGAGAGUAGUGAGCUAAACAAUGGAGGCCACGGCACUAAGGCUCAAGUCUUGUCCGAGUCUGAACGCAUGAUAAAAGCUGAGGCAGAAAUUUCGGCCUUAAAGAAAGUCCUUGCCAAAUUAGAAGAAGAAAAGGAAGCUGGUUUGCUUCAGUAUCAGCAGAGUGUGGAGAAAUUGUCUAAUCUUGAAUUAGAAGUAUGUUCUGCACAAGAGAAUUCUAAAAGACUUGAUGAACGAGCAAGUAAAGCAGAAGCCAAAGUUCAAGAAUUGAAAGAAGCGGUAAUCAAAUUACAGGCUGAAAGGGAAGCUAAUCUUCUUCAGUACCAGGAAUGCUUGGAGAAAAUAACUAAUCUAGAGAAAAAUAUUUCUUUUGCUCAGAAGGAUGCAGGAGCAUUUAAUGAACGUGCUACUAGAGCUGAAACUGAAGUUGAGUCCUUGAAGCAGGACCUCACUCGAGUAGAAGCUGAAAAGGAAGCUGCCCUUGUUCAAUACAAACAGUGCUUGGAGACAUUAUCAAAAAUGGAGGAGAGAUUAAAAGAAACUGAGGAGAACGCUAGAAGGAUUAAUGAGCAAGCUAAUAUAGCUGAAAAUGAAAUUGAGGCUUUGAGGUUGGAAGUUACUAAACUUAAUGAAGAAAAGGACGACGCUGCUCUCCGAUAUCAGCAAUGCUUGGAGAUAAUUUCCAGUUUGGAAUAUAAACUCUCUUGUGCUGAAGAGGAGGUGCGUAGGUUAUAUUCAAAGAUAGACGAUGAGGUUGAAAAGUUACGCGGUUCUGAAGAGAAGUGUCUUCUUUUGGAAGCGUCAAAUCACGCUCUAGAGUCUGAAUUACAGUCUUUGGCACAAAAGGUGGGAUCUCAAAGUGAAGAACUUAAUGAGAAGCAGAAAGAAUUGGGUAGACUUUGGAGUUGCAUACAAGAGGAGAGACUGCGAUUUGUUGAAGCUGAAACUGCUUUCCAAACUCUUCAGCAUUUGCAUUCUCAAUCUCAGGAAGAACUUAGAGCUAUUGCUUCUGAUCUUCAUGGUAAAGUGGAAAUACUGGGGAACGUGGAAUCGCAUAAGCAGGCUCUAGAGGAUGAAGUGCACAGAGUCAAUGAGGAAAACAAAAUUCUAAAUGAGCUCAAAAUUUCAUCAUCUUUGUCUAUAAAAACUUUGCAGGAUGAGGUGUUGAAUUUGAAGGAGACAAUAGAGAAACUUGAACAGGAGGUUGAGUUGCGACUCAAUGAAAGAAAUGCUCUUCAGCAAGAAAUUUAUUGUCUUAAAGAGGAGCUUAAUGAUAUGAAUAAAAAACACCAAGCUAUGAUGGAGGAGGUCAGGUCAGCUGACUUAGAUCCACAGUGCUUUGGCUCAUCUGUGAAAAAAUUGCAAGACGAGAACUCGAAGCUGAAGGAGACAUGUGAGGCUGACAAAGAUGAGAAAGCAGCUCUUUUGGUGAAAUUGGAAACCAUGGAGAAACUUUUGGAGAAAAAUCAUGUUUUGGAGAAUUCCCUUUCAGACUUGAAUUCCGAGUUGGAUAGUGUCAGAGGAAAGGUAAAUGUCUUGGAAGAAAGGUGCGAGUCUCUGAUUGUGGAGAAAUCAAUUCUCGCUUCUGAGAAGGCCACCUUGUUUUCUCAAUUACAAGCCGCAACUGAAAAGCUGGAGAAAAUCUCAGAAAAUAACAAGCUUUUGGAAAAUUCACUAUUUGAUGUCAAUGCUGAACUUGAUGGAUUAAGGGCAAAGUCCAAUAUCUUAGAAGAGACAUGCCAGUUACUUGACCAUGAGAAGUCUGGUAUCUUUUCGGAGAAAGAAGUAUUAGUUUCACAGUUGAACACCACUCACGAAAUGCUGAAAGAUCUUGAACAACAACACAAUGAUUUGGAACUAAAGCAUUUGGAACUACAAGGAGAAAGGGAGUCUGCUCUUCAAAAGGUGGAAGAGCUGUUGGUUUCCCUAUAUUCCGUGAGGGAAGAACAUAGCAGAGUUGUGAAAUUGAAUGAAGACGAAGUGACGAGCAAGGAAUUACAAAUUCAUAUUCUGCACGAGGACGCGAAGUGCCGUAAAGAAGAAUAUGAGGAGGAGCUGGAUAAAGCUAUAAAUUCUCAAAUCGAAAUUUUCAUCUUGCAGAGUUGCAUCCACGAUAUGGAGAAAAAGAACUUUUCCCUUCUAGUUGAGUGUCGGAGACUUUCAGAGGCGUCCAAAAUGUCUGACAGAAUGAUUUCUAAAUUGGAAACUGAAAAUAUUCAAAAGCAGGUUGAUGUGGAUUCUUUGUCUGAGAAAAUUAACAUACUGAGGAUUGGGCUGCUUCAGGUGUUGAAGACUCUUGACAAUAACGGCAUGCAUUUCUUUGAAGAUAGGCUUGACAAAGACCAGAUUCUCUUGAACCAUAUACACGGAAAACUAGAGGAGAGACAAAAGUCUUUUGACUCAACUUUCAACGAAAGCCAUGACAUGGCCAUUGAGAAUUCAAUUAUGAUUACAUUUAUUGACCAGUUGAAACAAAAGGUAGAAAAUCUUGUGAUAGAAAAAGGCAUGCUUGAUAAUGAGUCCAGGAUACAGUCUAAGCAGUUCAUGGCAUUGCAAAUAGAGUUCCAAAAGGUAUUGGAAAAGAAUCAGGAGUUGAAGUUAACAAUAAACAAAGGAGAAGAGAAAAUGGAGGGAAUGACAACUGAAAUUGGGAAUCUAUGCAAAGAGCUAUCAGACUUGGAAAAGAGUCGCAAAAACUUACAGGAAGAAAGUUGCACGAUAUCCGAAGAGAAGAAAUCGUUGAUGGGAAGAUUUAAAGAUCUCAGUCAGGAGAAGGGUAACUUGGAAGAAGAAAUUUGUGUCCUGUUCCGUGAAACAUUAGUUCAAUCUAAUAUUUCAGUUGUUUACCAGAAUAUUAUCUUUGAAAAACACCUGGAACUUAAACAGCUUGGUCAAGAACGUGAUAACCUCUGUUUAGAAAAUAAUAACCUUGAGGAGAGAUUGAAGAUAAUGGCACAAAAAAUAGAAAAUUCAGAAAUGGAAAAUUUUCAUCUUAAAGAGUUAUUUGUAAAGUCAAAUGUUGAAUUGAAUUUAGUUGAAUCUGUCAAUGAUCAAUUGAGUAGUCAGAUUAUGAAUGAAAGGGAAGCAUUGUGUCAUAAGGAAAAUGAGCUUUUGGAAGCGGCCAAGAUCUUCCAUGCUUUACACACUGAGAAAACAGAAUUACAAAGUACGGUGGAAGAUCUGAAGAUUAGAUACAAUGAUGCAAGUGGGAAACUUGAAGAGAAAGCUAACCAAAUUUUCCAAUUGUCCUCCGACAAGGAUCGUCAGAAUGAAGAGCUUGAAUGCCUUGGUGAAGCAAACCAGAAAUUGGAGUCUGAAAUGAAGUGCCUACACCAAGAACUUGAAGAAACUAAACUGAGGGAAACAAAGCUAAGUUAUCAAGUUCAUGAAGGAAUAAAUGAGAUUGAACAAUGGGAAACUCAGGCUGCAGAAAUUUAUACUGAACUGCAGAUUUCUGCUGUCAAUGGAACACUAUUCGAAGGGAAGACCUGUGAGCUAGCUGAUACAUGUGAGCAUCUUGAGCGCAUAAACUGCUCGAAAGACGUGGAAAGUGAACAGAUGAAAGAAUUAGUUAGCAAGUUGGAAGGUGAAAAUGGGAGACUGUGUGAUCAAUUAGCUGCUUAUGUCCCAGCUAUCUGUGCUUUGAAUGAUUCUGUAACAUCUCUUGAGAUGCAGACUCUUGGAUAUGCAAAACAUCAUGACUAUGUAAAACCGGAGGUUAAAAAUUUAGUGAAUUACCAAAACACUGAAAAUGGUCAACAAAUUGAUGAUCAGUCUACUACGGCACCAGAUCCAUUCCUUGAUUUCCAACACCUACAGCGGAGGAUCGAUGAAAUUUCAAUGGCAGUUAAGAAGUUAAAUGAAAGUUUCAAGCAUGUUGCUCAAGUGGACGAAGCAAAGGAGAAUGAACAGAAGAUGUUGAUGUCAAGGCCAGAUAAUCCUGUAACUGAGAUUGAAGUACUUCCAAAAGACAUCAUGCUUGAUCAAAUAUCUGAAUGUUCGUCAUAUGGCAUAAGCAGGAGGGGAACUCUUGAGGCUGAUGAUCAUAUGCUUGAGUUGUGGGAAACGGUUGAUAAGGAUGGUGCUAUUAAGUUAGCGGCGGAACCAGCAGAAGAUUAUCCUAAAAAAGGAGCAGCUAAGAAACCCUACAAUAAACAUCCUUCAGGAGAUUCCUUGGCAGAAAAGGAAUUGAGUGUGGAUAAGUUAGAGAUCUCAAGAAGAUUGACACGGCCGCGUGAAGAAGGCAACAAGAACAAGGUUUUGGAAAGACUUGAUUCCGAUGCGCAGAAGUUAACAAACCUUCAAAUAACCAUACAAGAUUUGAUGAAUAAAGUGGAAACUACAGAGAAGAGCACAAAGGGAAAAGGUGUCGAGUAUGAUACAGUUAAAGGACAGCUUGAAGCUGCACAGGAGACUGUCACAAAGUUGUUUGAUGCAAACCACAAGCUGGUGAAGAGUGCAGAAGAGGGUACGUUUUCUUCAGCCGGGAAUGCUUCAGAAGUGCCAGAUGAGAGUGGAAGUGUUAGCAGGAGGAGAGUUUCAGAACAGGCACAGAGAGUAUCAGAAAAAAUAGGACAACUUCAGUUGGAGGUGCAAAGGCUGCAGUUUCUUCUUUUGAAACUCAAUGAUAGAAAAGAAACCAAAGAGAAAACUCGUAUGGCUGAACGAAGUACAAGAGUACUUUUGCGGGAUUAUCUCUACGGUGGGACAAGAACCAACCACCAAAAUAAGAAGAAAAAUACACCUUUUUGUGCAUGUAUAAGACCACCAACCAAGGGAGAUUGAUUUUGACCAUAGUUUCAAGUUUUUGAGACAUUAGCUUUCUUGUUUGUAUAUUUUCCUUUCUAUAGAUGCUUUUUAAGACCCUAUAAAUCAUGUUUUGAUCCUGCUGUACAUGUUGUGCCUCAUGUAUUCGUAAGAAGAGGCUAGGAUGAAACUUUGCCAUUUCUUUUUCUUAUCUUUUUGUUUAUAUUUGAUUUUGAAUAAUGCCUUCCUUUAUUUCUGGUUUAGUGCAGUGGGAGAUGUAUAAAGUCAUUUUCUUGUGAUUGGUUACCUGUAUCAAAUGCAUUGGCAUAUUUAAUGAGAUAUAUUAGUAUGAUUUCUAACAC